GCCACUUUGUCACUUUGUUUUACUUUUAAAUAUUCACGCAGUUUUUAUUUCAUUCUUUUUUACCAGGCCAAGCCCGCUUGAGCUGCUGUACCGCUUUUGUUUUCGGAAGCGAUCUGCCCACAACACAAGAAUUUGUCUGAUGGAGCAAAGGCACUCGGCGCAGCUCGGUACAACAAGGCAUCAUUGCGACCGGUGUGCAUACAGCACGGAUCGUACUGGAAAUUUGACCUUGCACCAGAGAACUCACACGGGAGAGAAACCCUUCAAGUGCAGUGUGUGUGGAAAGAUGUUAGCACAGUUAUCAAAUCUUCAAGUACACCAGAGAACACACACAGGAGAGAAACCCUUCAAGUGCAGUGUGUGUGGGAAUGCGUUUUCACAUUCAUCUGCUCUUGUAACACACCAGAGAACACACACGGGAGAGAAACCUUUCCAGUGCAGUGUGUGUGGGAAGGCGUUUGCACAUUCACCACAUCUUCAAAGACACCAGAGAACACACACAGGAGAGAAACCCUUCAAGUGCAGUGUGUGUGGGAAGGCGUUUUCACAGUCACCACAUCUUCAAGUACACCAGAGAACACACACUGGAGAUAAAGCCUUCAAGUGCAGUGUGUGUGGGAAGGCGUUUUCACAGUCAACUGCUCUUAAAAAACACCAGAGAACUCACACGGGAGAGAAACCCUUCAAGUGCAGUGUGUGUGGGAAGGCGUUUUCAGAUUCAUCUACUCUUGUUAUACACCAGAGAACUCACACGGGAGAGAAACCCUUCAAGUGCAGUGUGUGUGGGAAGGCGUUUUCAGAUUCAUCUACUCUUGCAAGACACCAGAGAACACACACGGGAGAGAAACCCUUCAAGUGCAGUGUGUGUGGGAAGGCGUUUGCACAGUCAUCUACUCUUGUAAGACACCAGAGAACACACACGGGAGAGAAACCCUUCAAGUGCAGUGUGUGUGGGAAGGCGUUUGCACAGUCAUCAAAUCUUCAUCGGCACCAGAGAACUCACACGGGAGAGAAACCUUUCAAGUGCAGUGUGUGUGGGAAGGCCUUUUCACUUUCACAAAAUCUUCAAAGACACCAGAGAACACACACGGGAGAGAAACUCUUCAAGUGCAGUGUGUGUGGGAAGGCGUUUGCACAUUUAUCUACUCUUAAAAAACACCAGAGAACACACACGGGAGAGAAACCCUUCAAGUGCAGUGUGUGUGGGAUGGCGUUUUCAGUUUCAUAUACUCUUGUAACACACCAGAGAACACACACGGGAGAGAAACCCUUCAAGUGCAGUGUGUGUGGGAAGGCGUUUGCACGUUCAUCUGCUCUUACAAAACACCAGAGAACACACACAGGAGAGAAACCCUUCAAGUGCAGUGUGUGUGGGAAGGCGUUUUCACUUUCACCAAAUCUUCAAAGACACCAGAGAACACACACGGGAGAGAAACCCUUCAAGUGCAAUGUGUGUGGGAAGGCGUUUGCACUUUCAUCUACUCUUAAAAAACACCAGAGAACACACACAGGAGAGAAACCCUUCAAGUGCAGUGUGUGUGGAAAGGCAUUUUCACAGUCACCACAUCUUCAAGGACACCAGAGAACACACACAGGAGAGAAACUCUUUAAGUGCAGUGUGUCUGGGAAGGCGUUUUCAGAUUCAUCUGCUCUUGUAACACACCAGAGAACACACACAGGAGAGAAACCCUUCAAGUGCAGUGUGUGUGGGAAGGCGUUUUCACGUUCACCAAAUCUUCAAAGACACCAGAGAACACACACGGGAGAAAAACCCUUCAAGUGCAGUGUGUGUGGGAAGGCGUUUUCACUUUCACCAAAUCUUCAAAGACACCAGAGAACUCACAAGCAUCAGAAGAUC